GACUCUACCAUCUGCACCCGGCGAACAUCAUGGACGCCCUCCUGACCGACGGCGCAGAGUACACCGCGCGCACGCACACCGCGUUCACGCCGCCCGACGUCGACCUGCGGGCCCUGCGGCGCGCGAUCCCGAACGAGGCGUUCCACCGGAGCACGCGGCGCGCGCUCACGGGCAUCGCGCCCGUUUUUGCUGCGACGGUGCUGCUGGGGGUGUUUGGCUGGCACAUUGACACGUUUGUUGCAUGGCUUGCGUUGUCGCGAAUGUGGGGAAAUGUGCUGAGGUGGGCGCUCUGGGUUGUUUAUUGGAACGCGCAGGGGAUUGCGUGGGCGGGGUUGUGGUCCGUCGGUCAUGAAGCCGACCACGACAACCUCUCGCCGCUCAAAUGGCUGAACCACACAAUAGGGCUCGCGUGCCACACCCUCAUCUUCCUCCCGUACUUCUCGUGGCGGCUCACGCACAUCCGGCACCACAAGACCGCGGGGAAUCUCGACACGGAGGAGGUGUACGUGCCGCACCUGCGCUCGUCGUACGGGCUGCCGCCGCCCGCGGAGGCGACGAAGAGCGACUACCGCGAGGCGUUUGAGGAGACGCCGGUGUUCCGGCUGUGUCGGUUUGCGGUCAUGCAGUUUUUGGGGCUGCAUACUUACUUGACAUGGAACACAAUGGGCUCGAAACGCUACCCGAAAGGCGCAAACCACUGGAACCCAUACUCGGGGCUGUUCACGCAGGACGAGUACGCAGCGGUGCACGUCUCGAACGCGGCAAUCCUCUCCAUGAUCGCCGCGCUGUCCCUCCUCGCGCGGUAUACGUCCUGGGCGUUCGUCGCCAAGUUCUAUGUCGCGCCGUUCCUCGUCACGAACCACUGGGUGAUGGCGAUGACAUUCUUGCAGCAUUCGUGCCCGACGGUGCCGUUCUACCGCAGCAACGCGUGGAGCCGCACGCGCGGCGCGCUGUCCACCAUCGACCGGCCGUUCCUCGGGUGGGUCGGGAAGUACAUCUUCCUGGGUGUGAACCACUACCACACCACGCACCACCUCUUCGCAACGAUACCCUUCUACAACCUGCCACUAGCACACACAGCAAUCCGGCCGCUGCUGGGGGACGCGUACAACUACGACUCGACGGGGGUGCUGCGCGCGCUGUGGCGCUCGUUCGUGCAUUGCCUGUUCGUCGAGGAGGAGGGCGCGGUCGUGUUCUACAAGGACGCGAGCGGGAGUGCGCAGCGCGUCGUUGACCCGAAGGCCGCGGUUGAGGCUACCUUGGAGGGUGCACGGGUGGACGCGGAUGGGGGUGACUAGACUUCGGCCUCAGUUUUUUCGGGGAGAAGAGGAGCUUGGGCACGAUACCUUUUUGCCUGUGCCUAUGCCUUUGAUGGGCUUCAGAGCUCGCACGUCGGGGCUACUACAGCGCUGGGGCGCUGAUUGGACAGUGCGGUGUGCGGACACCGGUGAAUGUGUCUCUCUUGUCAUAAGAUUAUUCGCGUGCGAGGCUGCUGCCUGCGUUAUCGACUUUGUGUAUCAUAGACGUACUGGUCGUGGUGACAAAUAUGUGGUUAUAUUCGACGAUUGUGUAUGGG